AUGUCGUCUGGACCGCUCCCUCUUCUUCCACACGAGCUGCACGAGGCGCGCCCUGCUUCUUUCCCGGUUGGACCAGGUCAUGACAGUGCACGGAAUCUGCCGCAGGCAGACCUGCAAUCAGCCCGCUUCCCCGAUGACACCCUCGCUCUCGAAGGCGAAUGCUUCCCGCUGGCUCCCUCUUCAGGCGCGAUUGUCCAGGCGCGCUUGAUCGAUCCCUUCACCGAUGGCGGUCUGAAGAGCGCAAUCCUCGAAGCGACUGGCCUCUUUGGCGCUAACGUCGGCGAGUUCCUCCAGUCUCCAGCCAAUACAAUGCUCAUGUCUGAAGGUGCUCACCUCGCGUUCAGCUGCUCCCACUCCUUUGGCAUUUCGCUCUCCGCCUCCUCGCUCAAAGCGCUCAUGAAUGCGCUAGUUGAGUGCGACCACUGGCGACGUGUGCGCUUCGAAGCCAUGAAGCGCCAGGCAUCGAGGAACGGCCGCGCCAGACCGAGCCCUGGAUUACGCAACUUGCUUGGCACAUACGGCACAUCCAGCAUUGAAGUCGUUGUCUUGCCCUUUGAGCAACAACCUGACGCCGCUCUUGCCUUUGAGGACUCCUCGUCCGCACACGAAGACGAUGAGGACGACGACUUGGACGGCGACUUGACAUUGGAGGCUUACCUGGCCGUUAUAGCUGCUCGAUGUAGGCGGUUGCGCAAGGCGCGCUACUUCGACGCUCAGCCAGACGGACGCCUCCUCCAUGCGGACGGACGCCCUCUCCAGCCUUUCAGCUACCUCACCACCCGACCGAACGCCUCGCAGCCCUCCGCUCCCGCUAUCGUCUUCAACUUCCUCAGCAAGAUCCUCUGGCAUGAGCGCCUCACAGGCCCGACCGUCUGGAACUCGUUCGACCCGCGCGUCCGCAAACUGAUCGACGCCAACCUCGUCGCCGCACACCUCAUCCUCCGCGACCCACUCAAACAGGAGACGGGCGCGAUCAAAUGGGUCAAGUACGAGCCUGGGUGGGGCAGUGGGUGUUUGAGCUGGUUCACACCGAUUCUUUGGGCUGUACAUGCCGAUGAGGAGGUGUCUCCUUCGCCCGCACCUCCGCCUCCGCCUCCGCCUCCGCUCGACUCGACAGACGAAGACGACGCAGACGCGAGACUCGACCCCGUCUUGGCUUCUCCCCUCUCCGCUCCUCCCGCUCCUCCCGCUCCUCCCGCCCCUCCCGUCUCCGUCUCCACCUGGACUCCAACUACUCCCUCCCGACCGCAUGCACCGGAGACGCUCCACCAGAUGCCAAACUCGCCUUACCGCACGCUCAUGCAGGACCGCCAGUCCCGUCAACGUAAGGCAGAAGACCUGCUCGACGAACUACCGGAUCCUGAAGCGAUCGUGCGGAGGAUCACGGAUUUCCAGACGCCGUGGCAGGAGUGUAAGCAGUUGUUGCUCGAUACGCUUUUCGCUGGUGCGUCCGCGUCCCUCUUUGCAGCUUCCGCCGACAAGGCUGCUUGA